AUGGAAUACUAUGCACACCCAGCGACUCUUUGUCGCGCCGCCGAAGAGAUACACAUACCAGAAGACUGGACUCCUCAUCAUUACCUGCUUCCUCCGUAUCAGGCCUCUGCCGACUCAUUCGUGACCAUCUCUUCGCUGUUGUCGCCCCCGCCUGCGCACAUGCGGAGCUAUGGCAUGCCUGAAUACCUGUGGUACUGGUUCCUUGACUGGCGCGCGGCUCCACAGGAUGUUCGAGACUUUCUAGUCUAUCGAACCGGACUCGGUUUCCGACUUCGUUGGCCGAGGAAGCCAGUAGUCGGCCCGCCGACUCCGGCGCAAGCAGCAUGGCUCGCGAGACAACCCCCCAAACCGCCUCGCACAGACCUUGAACGCAUCCACGAUUUGUUCGUCCUUUGGGAUGGCGAACUAAAGCAGCAUUUCGCUAGUCUUUACGAGCCAACGGACACGCCGCCUGUCUUCUAUCGAUUCCAGUCAGAUCUGGCACCCGCGGCUUUGUACCAGAUGAGCACUUCUGCCAGUCCGUCGCCCUCAACGCCCACACGAGACUAUGCGUCCUUCCCGUUGGCCACGCCCGUUCCAUCCCCCGCCAGGCCCUAA